CCCCUGGGGGGAUGAUUUCUUGCUUUCUGUCUCUCUGGUAAGCACACAUGCCCUAUAGCAAAAACCUCUCAAAAAAAAAAAAAGGCCCUUAGGGCCAACCUGGGUCCCUUUCUGGUGCUCACUCCUGAUCUUGCCCACCACUGACCACUUCCUGGACUCCAGAUCUGGGAGUUCCCUUCCCAGUCCCAAAGACUGUAGGGUAGGCUGGGGGAGGGGUAUUGAGGCAGCAGAGGCAAAUUUGGGAGAGCUGUGCAUGUGAAUACUGGGGGGCAUGUGCGUGUGUGUGAACUCGGGGGAGGAGGGCCCUGUGUGUGGUGUGGAUGCGGCAUGUAUGUAUAUGUGUGAACACUGGGCACAUGUGUGGGCAAGUGAACAUGAGGGCAUUCAUGAGAACACAUGCAUUGCGCAGGCAGAUGGCUGUGGGCAGGGAAGGGGCAGGAGGUUUCUGGGGAGAGCAUUAGCACAGGAUGAUGGGUGAGGGGGUGACAGCUCGACUGAUUCUGAGUGUGGAUGUGGGGGUUCAGUGGUAGGUCCACCUAGGAUCUCAGGUGCCAACAGGGAACAGAGUGGGCAGGUCUGCCUCUGGAGGGGCUGCUCCACAAGAGGAAAGGAGCUUUGUCCAAGCACCCACCCCUAACCCAGGCCUGCCCAGGCUGUGGAGGCCUGCCCUGACCCCAGUCUAACUCUAGCUCUGACCCUCACCACUGACUCCCUGCCCUAUAGUUGCCUGGUCCGCCAGGGAGAGGACAAGAAGCCAACCAAUCCCUGAGGCCCCAGGCCACACCCCCAGCCAGCAUGACCUGGAGGGUAUAAAUAUACCUGCUUAGUAGCGCACACCCCAAGAACUCAUGCGCUUCGACAGUGAGCUCUGCGAUUGGAAGAUUACACACAUCCCAGCACGUCGCCUGCCUGAGACAACGCGGAGGGUGUGCCUGCCAGACCAGUGCUACCAGGACAGUUGCUGGCCGCCAGCCCGUGGAGGGACACCUGCCAGGUGGAGCAUAGGCCAGCUGGGCCAGAGGAGAGGGAACAGAUAACUGCCAGAGCAGGGGAACCCAGAGCCUGGGAGCCUCACCGUGGAUGGUGAAGACGGUCAUGCCCAGGACCUGCUGAUUCCCGGCCGCCAGCUCAGAGCCAUGUCAUCAGGCCAGCAGGUAUGGCACACAGCUGUGCCACCCCCCGACCGGAACAGCUCAACAGCCACAGUGCCUACGUCACCCUACUCGCCUAGCAGCCCCAGGUCCCCCGGCUCGGUCAGCAGCCCCAGGUCCCCUGUUUCAGUCGGCAACCCCAGGUCACCCCAUUCAGCUGGAAGCCCCAGGUCCCCUGGCACCCCUGGCUCAGAGAAGGUGGCCUCUCCAUUGGAGUGCUCCAUCUGCUUCUCAGGCUAUGACAACAUCUUCAAGACACCCAAGGAACUCUCCUGCACCCAUGUCUUCUGCUUAGAGUGCCUGGCCCGGCUGGCAGCCGCCCAGCCUGCAAGCCACCCAGACGGCGAGGGGCUGCAAGCUAAGAUGCCUGCACCCCUCCGGCAGGAGGAGACUGUGUGGCUGGAGGGGACCAAGCUGUGCUGCCGCCCACUGCCCACCACACCUGGCCACUCAGUGCCUGGCUUUGUGUGUGUGGACGUGGGCCUGAGCAAGCCCCCUGAGCCCACUGAGCCUGCUGUGCCUGAGCCAGCCCCGGGCCCCGCCCAACAUCAAGGCCGCCUGGCACGCUGCUGGGCACGCUGUGGGGACUGGAGGCGCAUGGCCCUGGUCUCAGUCCUGCUGCUGGUUCUCUUCUGUGUGGUGCUCUGGCCUGUGCAGUGUGCACUCAAGACCGGGAACCUGCGCUGCCUCCCCCGACCGUCCACGGCCACCAUCACUGCUACUGCCACUACCUUCUCCCUCGACCCUCUGAGCAAUGACUAGGGUCACUGGCCCUAGCCCUGUGGUCCAGGGUGGCCACCCGACCCCAGCAGCAUGGAUGGGCCCCUGACUAAUGGCUGAGAUCAGGAUCACAGCCGCUCUGGAAGUCAGUCUCCUGGGGCCCUUACAUCUUUGAGGAGCCCAUCGGGGCCCCAUUGAGACCUGUAUUCCAUUGCCUGUCCCUCAUUCUCUGGAGCUAGGUACUGGCGUAGGGACAAAAAGGUCCCUAAAGCCUCUAAGAACCACAGGCUUCAAUGGGUACCCGAGAUUCUCCCUAAUUCCCAACGUGUAGAUGAAGAAAAAUCCCCAGUCCGGCAAGGCCACCUCCCUUUUCCCUGUACACAAUGUGAAUUGUCUGCAAAGGCAGGCGCUUGCCAAGAGGGGUGGGGGUUCGCCAUCUUCCUUUCAUUUUAACAUUUCACCCCAGGUCCUCUUCUCAGCAGGUCUGGCUCCUUCCACUGGAUGGGAGUGCUAAUCUUGCCUCUGGCCAGGGCCUGGAGAACAGAGGCUCUGCUGCAAUACUUGUAGAAAUGUCCUGGCUGCCCCAUGCCCUUAUGAACUGUACAUUUUUAAAUAAAUUAUUUUGUAUCGAGA